AAUGUCAGCGACUGCCGACUUGUCAACGUCAUCUUACAACGCGAACAGAAAGUGGAAAACGCUAAAAUUAAAAACUUAAUAAACUGGAGUGGAAUUUUAGACCACUUCAGCAAAAUUAUUUGACAAAAUGUAUUCCGUUAUAACCAGAGUCAACGCGAUAUUAACGUACACACUAAGUGUUCUAGCAUGUCUUACAUUUUUGUGUUUUCUUUCCACUCUAACAGUGGAUUAUAGAACUACUGCUCAGAUGAAUACCGUAAAAGUUGUGGUGAAGAAUGUUCCAGACUAUGGUGCUUCAAGGGAAAGAAAUGAUCUUGGUUACUUAACAUUUGAUCUCAAAACAGAUUUAUCCAACCUAUUCAACUGGAAUGUUAAACAGUUGUUUUUGUACCUAACAGCCGAGUAUAUCACACCAAACAAUGAACUAAACCAAGUUGUACUAUGGGACAAGAUUAUACUCAGAGGAGAGAAUGCAUUGUUAGAUUUUAAAAAUAUGAACACUAAAUACUAUUUCUGGGAUGACGGGAAUGGUUUGAAAGGUCACAACAACGUCACAUUAACCCUCUCCUGGAAUAUUAUACCUAAUGCCGGCCUGUUGCCAAACAUCCAGGCCGUUGGUUUGCAUUCAUUCAAGUUUCCUACAGAAUACACUCAAACCAGAGUAUGAUUGUAACACCGUUAUUUGUAGGUGAUAUUGUGUAUGUGUUUGAUAAGACAGAAUAUACAUUUUAUUUAAAUCAA